UUAAACUAGAAAUAGAGGUACAGAUAUCACGAACAUAAACAUUAGAAGAAUGUAUUGCUUAGAACAACCACAGUGUAACUAUCAGGAUUAUAGUUUAAAGUGUUCCUCUGGUGCUGGACCGCCAUUAAAUACCCGGUACCCAGCAUACAGGGACGACAAAACGAGAUUACUGUCGUUCAAUGACGCUCCCCUUGAGCUUCGUAAAAUGGCGAUUGUUUUAUCCAAUGCCGGAUAUUAUUAUGAAGGUUACAACACUAAAACUUCUUGUUUCGCGUGUGGUGUUCAAAGAGACAAUUGGUCUGAAGUGGACAAUGCUCUGGAACAACAUUUUAAAGACAAUGCAAUGUGUUGGCACGUGUUUCUGAUGAGAAAAAAGUUUGAGUUGGAAAAUCGUCCCCGUGAACCUCCCCACAGCGUUAAAAAAUUAAUUUCCACUGCUCGACAUCCCGAAUACGCAUUGGAAUCAUUACGGACUGCGUCCUAUCAAGACUGUAAAACUUCUUUGAAACAAAUGGUUUCAGAACUUGCAAAAUCUGGAAUGUACUAUAAAGGUUUUGAAAACAAAGUGCAAUGUUUCCAUUGUGGAGCUGUUAUGUCCAUGGACAUGAAUGACGACCCAACAGAAAUACACUCACGUUCAUCGCCAGAUUGUGAGUUUCUUAGUCAUGAAGUACAGACAUUGACUGAAGACGCGGAUAGAAUUAGAAAUCAGUUACUCUGUAAAGUCUGUCUUAGUUCUCAAGUAAUGGUCACAUUCCGACCAUGUGGUCAUCUGGCCACGUGUCAAGCAUGUGCAGAUCAAUUACAGUCCUGCCCCAUUUGUAGGACGACUAUCUCUGAUAAAGUGAAAACAUAUUUUUAAUUACUUUCAUUAUUUUUUAUUUAUACAUUAUAUUGUGUUAGUUUAUUUCUUUGAGUGACAGAUUUUCAAAGAAACAAAAAAAGGAACAAAGGAAUGAACGAAAAAUCACAUUUUACAGUGAACAAAUUACUAAUAUCUGUAUAUUUCUUAAUAAAAGGUGCUGCUCUAUGCAAAGGCUCUAAAUUUACAAGGCCGUGUUUCUAAAUUUAUAUAAGUUGUAUAUAAUACAUUAUACAUAUCAAUAUUUUAUUGUUCCUCAUUUUGAUAUGCAUCCUAGAAUUAAUAUUAAGAUGUAUAUUGAAGAUUAUAUUUGAAUUUGCAUUUUAAAGAUCUUUAUUUGCUGAAAACGAUUUUUUAAAACAGCUAAAUAAUAUUC